GCUAAUUCGGGGCUCCUUCUUUAAACCCAACUUGCUAACAGUCACUCGGCGACAAUGAUAUGCAUUUUCCGUUAAUUAUUUGCCUUAAACCGAUUGUGGUGCUGCCGGUUUAGGUUUUUUUUCCGUUUCUCCGUGUGGCCGUGGGGUUAUUUUACCGUCCUUCAGGGUGUAAACCCGGUGUCGGGGCGAUGCUAACCGGUUAGCCCGGGGUUUCCGCCUCAGCUCGCCGGAGGCUGUUCUGUUCCGCGCAUUCUUCGACCUGCUAACCGCUAAAACAGGGUUAUUAAUAAAAAACGGAACUCUGUCGCUCAAAUGCAAUAAGUUAGAAAUUUAGUUACAUAUCUUUAAAAUGAGGACUUGAUGGGUGUUUAUAGUUAGCGAUUGGUUUUCGACCAUCGCUGCCUCUUUUGUUUUGACAAAGGAAGAAGAGCAGCUGAAUUUCUUCAUUUAUUUAUUUCUUUCCCACUACACCCUACGUCAGGUGGGGGAGCCAGCUUCACUGCUAUUCUGCUCUAGCUUUUGACCUCCAUGGCUCCGCACAAGCAGAGCUCCUCAGGUGGAGGCCAACACCAUGUGGGUCUCGGUCCUGGAGGAAAAACCAACGGGUUGUACCAGCCGCCCUCCGCUGCAGCCAAGAAGCCCAACAUGCAGCUGAUUCAGGCCGACCACGAGUUGUUCCUGCAGGCCUUCGAGAAGCCAACACAAAUCUACAGGUUCCUCCGCACAAGAAACUUGAUAGCUCCUAUAUUCCUGCACCGAACGCUCACUUAUAUGUCGCACAGAAAUUCGAGGACCAACACCAAAAGGAAAACCUCCAAGGUAGACAAUCUGCUGUUCAAAGUGGAAAAGAUGAGAGGAGAACAGGAGACUCUCAGCUUGGCCUCUAAUCUGCAGCUCACCUUUACCGGCUUCUUUCAUAAAGCUGGAAAACCGUCUCAGGAUAGUGAGAAUGAGCAGAUCUCAGUUUCUCUGGAGGUCCUGUUGGUGAAAGUCUGCCACAAGAAGAGGAAGGAUGUCAGCUGUCCGGUGAAACAGGUCCCAACAGGGAAGAAGCAGGUCCCUCUGAACCCAGACACAAGUGCUGGAGUCCAGGUCAAAUUGGGCUCCCUCCCCACCCUACUGGUCCCCAGCAGCGAGUUUGAACCCAGCAACUCACACAUGGUCAAGUCUUACUCCUUGCUCUUCAGAGUAUCGAGGUCUGGAUGCUCUAGAGGACAGAUCAACGGGUUGACCAACGGAGAGAACCACCACAGCAGAGAUUUUUCAGACGAAUCCGUCAACAGGAAGAGGAGGAGCUCCUCUCUUCGGGAGGAGGGAGAAAUCAUGUUUGUGGCUCAGAUGACUGUCUUUGAUAAAAACAGGCGCCUGCAGCUGCUUGACGGGGAGUACGAGGUGUCCAUGCAGGAGAUGGAGGAGAGUCCUGUCAAGAAGAAGAGGGCGACCUGGGAGACCAUCCUGGAUGGGAAGCGUUUGCCUCCAUUAGAAAGUUUCUCUCAGGGUCCGACCCUGCAGUUCACCCUACGAUGGACCAGCGACCCCUCUGUUUGCUCCACAGCUCCGGUGGCCAAACCUCUGGCCACUCGCAACUCUGAUACCAACCAAGACACCCGACCGAGCACACAGAGAGCCACACACACCCAGGCAGUUAAAGAAUCCAUGAAUGCUGACGUUCAAACCAGGAGAGAACAAAUCUCAGUUGAGCCUCGACAGAAGCUACGAAUCUUCUAUCAGUUCCAGUACAACAACAACACGCGGCAGCAGACGGAGGCCAGAGAUGACCUCCACUGCCCCUGGUGCACGCUGAACUGCAGGAAGCUGUACAGUCUGCUGAAGCACCUCAAGCUAUCGCACUCCCGCUUCAUCUUCAACUACGUGCCUCAUCCUAAAGGAGCGAAGAUCGAGGUCUCCAUCAACAACUGUUACGACGGCUCGUACGCAGGGAACCCUCAGGACAUCCACAACCAGCCCGGCUUUGCUUUCAGCAGAAACGGUCCCGUCAAGAGGACCGCGGUCACCCACGUCCUGGUGUGCAGACCCAAGAGGACGAAGCCAAGUCUGUCCGAGUUUCUGGAGCUGGAGGACAGCGACCGGGAGCAGCAUCAGAGGACCUACAUCAGCGGACACAACCGGCUGUACUUCCACAGCGACAGCUGCAUGCCGAUGAGAGCUCAGGAGAUGGAGGUGGACAGCGAGGACGAGAGGGACCCUGACUGGCUCAAAGAGAAGACGGUGAAGCAAAUCGAGGAGUUCACCGACGUCAACGAGGGCGAGAAGGAGAUCAUGAAGCUGUGGAACCUUCACGUCAUGAAGCACGGUUUUAUCGCUGACAACCAGAUGAAUGAGGCCUGCCUGCUGUUCACCGAGCACAACGCCGCCGUCAUCCUGGAGCGCAACCUGUGCCGCAACCUCCUGCUGCACCUGAUCAGCAUGCACGACUUCAACCUGAUCACCACGCUGACCAUUGACCGCGCUGUGGCCCGGCUCCGCCUCCUCCAGAGCUAUGCGGCGAAGAGCUACAAAGGCCAGGAGCAGGAGGACGAUGAAGAAGAGGAGGAAGACUGGGAGACGGCCGUGGAGUCCCAGCCAGAGCCGGAUCCCGAUCCUGACCCCGAUGCGGCUGAUUUUAAGCCCUGCAGUGAGGAGAGCCAAAACAAUCAGGAACAGCAGUGAGAGCAGGACAAGGAGACGGGCAAACUCGAAGCAGCAGAACCCUAAACUGGACCCACAGGCCGUACAGUCAAAGGCCUGAAUCUGUAAAAACAAGAACAGAUUUAAUACCCAAAAAGUUCCCAGCAGGGAUCAUGUUUGUCGAUUCAUGGAAGUCAGUUUUCUGUUUUCAUGACCUGUUAAUGAGACUCGAGGCUCCAGAUCUUCAGGAAUUUGAUUGACUUGUUUUUAGGGUUUUAACUCUGCAAUUCAAAGGUGCUACCAUUUUCCAGGGGUGAAAAUGCAACAAAUUCAGCCUGAAUAUCUGCUUUCUUCUAUCAAACUUUAAUCAGAAAUGAUAAAGUUUGGACUUUUCUGCUGUUUUAUUUCACUCGCUUUGAUUUUUUUCAGUCCACAGUUCAGGGAUCAAACAUAGGAAGAAGAGGAGUGGCUUUCAGGCUCGAUGUCAGUCAACAGCUUCUCCAAGCAAAAGUCCGUCAAUUUUUCAAAUGUCGGAAACGUAAACCUUUCAUUUCCUGCCGUACAUUUCGGCAAAGCGAUCCUGGAGGUGUCAGCCUUAGACACAGCUUAAAACUCCUCAUGUAUGUUCCACGUCUUGGUUAAUUUAUCCAGAUUCCCUGACUCUGCUGAGCAAUUCUGGUUCUGAAUGUUGUGGUUCUUUAAGGCAGAAAAACAGAAGCCGAUCCUGGACAAGCUGAACCUGCAGAAACAGCAGGUUCCUGGUUUUAUUACUGGUGCUAAAACGAUUUUAUUCCUCAGAGGCGACCUCUCGAACGUCACAGCGUCAUCUACUGCCAGAUCUUCUCUUUUUAAGAACAUCUUUUCCACUGAAGCCGGUUUAUAGUUGAAACCCGUUGGUUUGCCUGCGGCUUCCUCCAAUCUGUGUGGAUAAAACGAGGUGCUGUUUCUGCCUCUGGAUGUUUGUACAUAAAACUGUAGGUUAAAACGAUUAGCUUUCGCUUUUUUUUUCUUCCUGUAAUUAGUUUGGGGACAACAUGGAGCAUCAUGCAGCAGGUUUUAGUUUCAGCCACUGGACCAAAGGGGAUUCACUCGCUGCAGGUUUCUCUGCUCGUUUCACUUCUCCCAUUUUGCUUUUUUGUUGUUUCUUUUCUUUUUAAAAGACUUGGGCAGCAUCCAGAACCUCUUCCGCCUUUAGACGACCCGAAGAGCACAGUCCGGACGCUGAUUCUGCCUUACACUUCUGCUCCAUCCGAACAGUUGUCUGCAGAACCAGCUCCCACAUGUGGAUAGAACCGGUGCUGGUGCAGAGAGGCUCCACAGCUGCCUCCUGAGUUUUGGCUUUAAACGAGUCUGACGGGAUCGUUUUGUUUCUUCACAACACCAGCAGCAUUUUGCACAAGAUGGGAGGAGCCAUGUCAAAUAAUAAUGAUGGUCUUAAAUAAUGCUGUAAAAAAAACCAGCUUGACAACGUAAACUGUUAAGUCAAAAUGGUUUUGUAAUAAAGUAAUAAUGUGAAAAAUGUC